GUACAGGAUAAGCGCCUCAAAGACCAACUGAAGGUCCUGAAUGACGAGUACGAGCCCGCGGGAUUUUCAUUUGACCUCAUCAAUACAACGCGAACGAAAAAUUCCAGAUGGGCCAAAUGGUCAGACCGAACUGACCGUGAUAUGAAAGAAGCCUUGAGGCAGGGUGUCCAAAACACUCUUAAUGUCUUCUUUGUCCCGUCGAUGUCUGUUGGGCUUGGUGGAGGGGUUCUAGGGGUAUGUGCUAUUCCUUUCACUUCUGUGGCAUACGAUGGCUGCGUCAUCUUGAACUCAGCAAUGACUGGUCCAGGUAGCAAAGCGCCAUUCAAUGAAGGAAAGACCGCCGUGCAUGAAGUAGGCCAUUGGCUCGGCCUCUGGCAUGUCUUUGAUAUCACAUGCCUCGGAGCCGGUGACCUGAUUGACGACACAACUCCCCAGUCCAUGGCAACCCUUGGUUGCAAUACGACCCAAGAUAGCUGUGAAGGUGGCCUGAAAGACAACAUUCACAACUUUCUUGACUACUCCGAUGAUGCAUGCAUGAAUGAGUUCACACCUGGUCAGGUGAAGCGGAUG